UGCACUUUUGCCAAGCUUACUCAGCCAGUGACAUUUUUGUCCGGGGAAAUCCGCGUCGCGCUUACUCAUCGCCCUUAUUUUAGUCGGGAAUUAAAAGUUCAUCGAUUCGGCACUGAAACGAUCUCGACGGAAAAGAAAGGAAACCAGGAAAACAGCUGUGUGACACAGAACGAAAAGCGGAAGGUGUAAUAACCAGGUCGAGCGUCUCCGUUUCGUGUUCCGUUCCAAUUGAAAUCUCUUUAAAGCCGGUUGUGUGAACGGCCAGUGCACGGUACAUUUGACAUGUAGAUAUGUAGAGCACACUUUUCCUUCGAUAAGCAUCGGCUGCACGACGUUUCACUCGGAUUUAAGAAGCGUUAUGGAUCCUCCCGUAUGUGAUCUUUGACACAAAUCAGAGUUCGAAGGUCGUGCGUUAUCCUCGCAAAUAAAUUACUGCAUCAGCACCUGGUUACAGCGACUGGAGUCCUGCAACAGGAAAAUCGAACGAAAAUAAUAUUUGUCAUUUCGCAUAUAUUAUACAUUUAUUAGAACUCCGUGAAAAUCAUCGUCAUUCGUUGGCUCACAAGUGCCAUUACCGCCGGAGAAAGUGCCUAGCCUUCAAUCGCCGUUCGGGCUGCGGGCAACUUUAGUCUCGCUCCGGCUUUCGUUACCCAACCAUCAAUAGGAAAUAAGUGAUCGAACUUCAAGGAGACUAUUAAAUUAUCGUACUGAGAUAAAAUUAAUCUCCCAAUAAAUAAUAAGAGAAAGAAAUCGGGGCGCGAAUCGCGAUACAAUGUCACGUUCGUGAACACAAGCUAAUUGUGCUGCAUUCGCGAAUCAAGAAGCCGGAGAUCUGCCAAAGGAUUUAGGAAAAUGUUGCUGCAAUUAGCAUUAUGGCUGGUUAUCGUUUUGAUUCUCGUUUGGCUGUCAUUAAAUUACAUCAGCAAACUCGUGAACGCUUUGUGGGAAAUCUUUUUGCCAUUGAUCGGUACCAAACCAGUUGAUCUGCGCUCCAAGUUCGGCGAAUGGGCAGUGGUAACGGGCUCCACCGAUGGAAUCGGCAAAGCUUACGCGAAAGAAUUGGCUACAAGAGGGUUGAACUUGGUACUGAUCAGCCGGACACUGGAGAAAUUAGAGAAAACCAGAAAUGAGAUCCUGCAGGAGAAUCCUGCGAUAGAAGUGAAAAUUAUAGUGGCGGACUUUAGCAAGGGAAAAGAAAUCUAUGGGAAAAUUGCGGAACAAUUGAAGGGUAUUCCUAUUGGAAUCUUAGUGAACAACGUGGGCAUGCAGUACACCUAUCCGAUGUACCUUGGAGAAGUUCCAGAGGAUGAACUGUGGGACAUUAUCAAUAUAAACGUCGGAGCCACCACUUUAAUGACACGAUUAGUCAUCGGGCAAAUGAAGGAACGUGGAAAAGGGGCUAUCGUGAACAUGUCAUCCGGUUCGGAAUUGCAACCAUUACCGCUUUUAACUGUGUACGCGGCAACAAAAAUGUACAACAAAGGCUUCACCGAUGCGAUCAGAAUCGAAUACUCCAGAUUCGGGAUAACUGUACAGCACUUAGCUCCGUUCUUCAUAAACACGAAGAUGAAUGCGUUCAGCGAUCGACUACAGGUAACUACUUUUCUUGUGCCUAACGCGACGACUUAUGCGAAAAAUGCGAUUUCCACGCUUGGUAUUAUGAAUUCGGGCGUGGGAUAUUGGGGACAUGCGAUUCAACAAAUAAUCGUAUUACUUGUUCCUGAACAUGUCAGAAUGAAAGCUGGAGAAUUCAUGAAUCAAAGUUUAAGACAAGAUUAUUUUAGACAGAAAAAAGUUGACUAGAUGUUCUGACAUAUAUCGUACAUGUGUUGUUUGUCAGUAGUAUUGUUUUAUUUUGUUGUUAAUUUAAUGAAAUUUAACAUAUAAUUUAUGUAUGGUGAUUGAAGCGGAAGAGGACUAGAAUGUAAGAAAAAACCAAAACAAAAACUUCGUAUUAUGUAAAUAACACGAUCAAAUUUGAUUUAUACCUGUAUUUUUUGUCUUUAUUGACUUUAGAAAUAAACGAAAUGUCAUUAAACCUUAA